AUGCCUUUGCCACCUGGUUUAUCCACAGCAAAUUCCACUGCCAGCAUAACGACAAUCAAGAAUAUACCUGCAGCAGUUUCAGCCGCGGUAGCAGUAGCACCAACAGCAUCACCCACGGAGAACUGGAAUGAUAUUGAGAAGUUCGGCUUGAAAGGUCUUACUUCUCUCACCAACAUGGAGCAAAACGACCAGACUUCGUUUGCCAUAGGACAAGACAUAAAUUUGUUAGGAUUGGACUUAACCAAGGAGUCUAGUAUAUUGCAAAACUUGGCGUCUCCUUGGGCAGAAACGUCACGGUCUGAAGUGGAGCCUUACUUCACGUUACCCAAAUCAAUUCGUUCAGAAAACAUCAUACCGGCACCCGAAGCGUGUGACAACAAGAUCCAAUCGUUCUCGGACGAAACAUUGUUCUACAUCUUCUACAUGAGACCUAGAGAUACGUUACAAGAGUACGCUGCUAGAGAGUUGGUGGCCAGAAACUGGAGGUAUCACAAGGACAUUCAGGUAUGGCUCACCAAGGAUAGCAAUGUAGAACCUGUAUUAAUAAGUCAAGACGUUGAAAAGGGGGUCUAUAUAUUUUUCGAUCCACAUAACUGGGAGAAGAUCAAGAAGGAGUUUGUGCUACACUACUCGUCAGUGCAGGCAUAA